AUGAGGACCCCCGGGGCGUGUGACUUGCCCAACAGGUGGCCCAAGGAUUCUGUUCUGGCUGCGUGUGUAAGGACCAAGAAUCCCUUCAGCAUUCUGCUGGUCGUGAAACCUGUGGGCACCCAUGGGCCUGAGCUAGCAAAGGCUUUGGAGCCUCAUGCUGCGCGGCUUUCUCGCAGACUGAAGGUCUCGUUCUUCGCUAAGACCCCCGCUACGCAGCAGUUGUGUGAUAUCUAUGGCGUACGAACAUCCGACGAGUUUCUCCUCAUAGAGGCUCCCCAGGAGAUGUCCCUGAAGAAGCUGGGUCACAGUCAUGUGCCCAGGUCGCCCAAAUACCGUGUUGAGAACGUGACAGCUGGAGACGUUGACCGAUUCUUCUAUGAUUAUGAGUCAGGGCUAUUGCCCAGAUACCUGAUGUCUUACAAAGAGACUAAGAUGUCUAAUCUUGAAGGUUUACGCGAGCUGACAGGUGAGGAUUUCAUCCAGGCGGUCCAGAAUCCGCAGGCCUCUGUCCUUGUAGAAUUUGUGAGAACUGCGAGGCUUGGCCCAAAUCUCUUGUUGUCGUGGCCCGGCGGGGGGGUAGGCCGUAAGAGGUAG